CUAUAGACGUACAGCAACACUUGUCGUACCAGCCACUGAGCUCUUUCCUACCGUCCAGAUGGAAUCGACUUUCAAGCUUCAUCCCCUUCCUCAAGUAGUUCUAGAGGCCCUACAGGCUGCUUCAUCUAAAGAGGGAUGUCCUGAGGGUAUCGAAAUUGUUGGUGGCCUGACAGAGAUGCUCAUGCUUUAUUUUCUCCCUCUUUAUUCGGUCACAUUCAAGGAGCAACAAAGUCUGCUUACUUUGAAUAUUCUUACCCAUGUCCGCGACUUGGUCCGCACCGAGCGCACUUUCAGUCCCAAUUUGGAGGGAUUGAUGGCUCUUCGACGUGCUCGCCAGGAGGAAAUCUACAAGAACAUCCUCGAGAAGCGGCCCGCCAUGUCGUUCCCGGCCGAGACUCAGACCAUUCGCGACGGCGAUUGGAAAAGCGAGACGCACCGUCCCCCCAACAUGGCUGACCGGGCCUGCGAGAACACACAUCCGAGUCGAGCCGCGAACAUGGCCAUCCACGGAUUGAACAGCAAGGCGGCCUCGGAUUUCAUGGACAAUGAGGACUCCCAAGCCCCGCUCAAGGCCAAUGUCUUAGCAGGCUACCGCACGAUUUACGAGGCCGUUUGUGGGACCAUUAAAGACGUCCGACCCAACUCCAAAACCGUGCUGAAAGGUCGCUUGAGCCCGCAGGACCUGGAGCCCUUUUCUUCGAAUGCGGAUGCCACCUUCCAGGCCCUUCAAGAUGCUGGGGUGUUGAACGGACACGGGCGGAUCACGGACCUGUUGUGCGAACCCGACUUCGUCUUGGAGGAAAAUGUGACGUCCAAUGUGACAGAUCUCAAGGGGUUGGACGGAUUUUUGAGGGAGCGACGCCCCGCCACCAUCCAGGUGCGUGUUCGGGGCCUGCACAUGCUCGAGGGCCACUUCCUGGUGGACGGCAAGCCCGUGUCGGCGCCCUUGUUGGACUUCGCCGUCUUUGUCGCCACCUGCCAUGCUCCCUUGGCGGCCAUGGCCGCUCAACCCACCCUCUACCUGCCCAAGAUGGAGAGUCGGCAUGAGACGGCGUGGUGGGCUAAGGUCUUCGCCGCCAUGGCCGCCCAGCUCGGGAUCCCGCCCAUGGCUAUCCGCUCCACGACCAUGAUCGAGACCAUCACGGCCAGCAUGGAGAAGGAGGAGAUGAACUACACCCUGCGCGAGCACUCUCUCGGUCAAAAUAAGGGGCGGUACGACUAUCUAUUCAAUUUCAUCAAGCGCCUGACCCUACCGAAGUCCCUGCAAGCGAACCUCUCCCCUACUCCCAACAACCUGGAGUUGGUCGGCACCCAUGCGCCCCACCGCCGCUACCUCCUGCCCGACAACGCCCACACGGGCAUGGGGGUCUCCUUUUUGGAAGCGUACUCCAACCACACCUCCCAAGUAAACCUUCGUCGCGGCUUCGACUCGGUGGGGGGCAUGGUGACCAACAUCCCCACGGGCGACCCCGCCAUCGAUAAGAAGGCCCAGGCCAAGUUGCGCGUGGACAAGACGAACGAGGCGUGGAAAGGGGACGCGGGAGGUUGGAGCGGCCACCCGGCUUUCUCGCCCUACGUUCGGGAGCCCUUUGACAUCGUGCGUGCCCUGCAUCGCGGCCUGGCAGUCUUGGCGAAGCAGGUAGGGGAGGCGAAAGUCCGGGGCGCCAUAAAGGGGCCCGCGGAUCCAGCCAGCAUCCGGCAAGCACUGGCCGAUUUAGUGGCCUCGAUCUCGGUGGAGAAUGGCGGGCGGGAGAGUGAGACGCUCGCAGCGUUUUUGAAGGCCUUGGAGACGUCUCUAAGCCUGCACGUGGCAGCCAAUGCGGCGCAAUACCAGGAUGGUCUGCUCCGUUUCAUCCGGAUGGAGCCUCCCUCCCCGGACGUGAAGGACCACGAGUUGAUCGAGGUCCCGGCGGACCAGCACACGCCUGACAAAUUUACCUACGCGGGCCUCAAGCAGUACCUGCGCUUGGCCCUUUUCUACACCGCGAGCUUCAUCCAUGGCACGGGCUGCAUUGCCUUGGACGGGGUCUUUGAAGAUUUGGCCACCGCGGAGAAGGCGCGCGUGAACGUGUGGCAGUGGCUUACGCUGGACCAACCGCUCAUGCUCUCCUCCUCGUCCUCUGCCACCCUCACGCCCGCGCUGCUUGCCCAAGCGAUGGAAGAAGUCUACCACGCGGCCCUGCACGACGAACGGGGCCUCUGGGGGGCCGUUUGCAAGUCCGUGCCUCCGAUGCAGCCGGACUCGCUCGCCGAGAAGCACUUCCGCGUCGCCCGCAAGGUGUUGAUGAUUUUGAUGACGAACGACCGCUGCAUCGAGUUCAUUCCCGAUCUGGCCUACCCCUUCUUGCUCGACCCUGUCCGGGAGGACGACAAGCUGUGGGCUCAGGUGGAGGAGGGGCUGGACGCGUACGCGGAUCCGAUGACCAGAUAUGUAGUGGGCAAGAAGGAGGUUUAGUUCUGAGACACGACGGCGGCAAAGAAAGCUUGAACAAGGCAAAGAGGGGUGUUACCCAUGCGACGUGGCAUUCGUCUUCCUGCUUUGGGUUAUAAAGAGUUACGGAAUGCUGCCAAGAGCAGGGAUCUUUCUGAGGAUGGCAGCCAUACGAAACACGCGACUUGCGGUAGGAGAUUUUUGAGAUUUUGAAGAUGAAGGUGAUAGAAUAGAUGUAAGGAAAAGCGGAACGAUUUUGCUAUAACAUGAUUUGAGGAGAAGAGAAGAAGAAAAUAUGACAAGAAAAACCAAUAAAAAGGGAGGGUUACGACUUACUGGUGGUCAAAAGGUAUCGAGCGUUAUGGGCGAGGGUAGAGGGACAAGCAUUUUUUGUUGGCUACAAUGCACUGAUGAAAAUAGGUGUCGAUUGAGAGUUCAUGGUAGCCUCACGGGCACCUUGUUUUCUUUUUCGAAGAUUAAUGGACUUUCUAGGGCAUCGAUGUACCGCGUGACCCGCCGACCAAUUUUUGAAAAUGUCUGGCUCAUCAAGACAACCAGGGGAUGGUCAGUUUUA